AUGGGUAAGACUCCGGCGCAAGAGAACCGCCUGCGGGCGAAGAAGCAAGGGAUGUCCCACGAGGACGUGAAGAAGGAGCAAGCGGCGGACGCGAAGAAGAUCAAGCAGCUCGAACAAAAGAACGAAUCGUUCGGGAUGACCAAGGGAGCGGCGAUGAACAAGAAGCACGAAGUCGCGAUGCAGCGCUUGCGGGACAUGAACGAUCCGACGACGGAGCUGGGGAAGCAACACAUGCGGGCGGAGCGGAAAAAGGCGAAGGAGCAGCUCGAGUUUUUGUUGCGAACUCAAGGUAUCGACGUGAAACAACCGCCUUUGCCGGAUGGGGUCGAUCCGAAGACGGUGUUGUGUGAGUUCUUCAAGCACGGAUGCUGUCCGAAGAGCGCAGAUCGGUGCAAGUACUCGCACCAGUUGGACAUCUCGACGCGGCAGCAGAAGCGAAGCGCAUACGAGAUCCCGGAUGAGGACUCGAUCGAGAUGUGGGACCAGAAGAAGCUCGAGGCGGUGAUCGCGAAGAAGCACGGUCAGGAAGUGAACUCAAACAACGAGACGACCAUCGUCUGUAAGCACUUCUUGCAGGCGGUUGAGAAGAAGCUUUACGGUUGGUUCUGGCACUGCCCCGGAGGGGCGGAUUGCAAGUACAGGCACAAGCUUCCACCGGGAUUUGUGUUUAAGAGCGAACUCCGGGAACGUAUGCUCGCGGAGCUCGCUGCGAGGAAGACCGAUCAAGAUAUCUUGCGUGAAAAGCUUAUUGCGUUGAAGAAGAGUAACAAGACGCUUACGCCGAUGACUCUGGAUGUUUACCUGAAGUGGAAGACUGAGCGCGUUGAAAAGAUGAAAGCCUCUAUCGAGGAGGCGAGAGAAGAGCGCUUAAAGAAGAACCUACUCACCGGGCGCGAGAUCAUCGAACAGCAGCUUGGCGGAUCCGAGGCGCAAGUCGAUGGCGGUGCGAGCGCGGCCGAUGACGAGAUCACUCGUUUAUUGAAGGAGCGCAAAGCCGCUGACGAGGAGGCGGAGCGAAAGGCGGCGGAAGAGGCUGCGGAGAACCUAGCGCGUGCGAAGAACUUGGGUGAUCUAUACAACGUUGAAAUGCUUCCGGACGAAACGGACGAUUACGCGGACUUGCUGGAGGAGGAGGAAGAAGACUACUCACCGCCAGAGGGUUGGACUCCGGACGCCGUUGCCCCGCCAGGAUUUGAGGACGGCGAGUCCCAAGAAGAAGGACAGAAUGGAGGAGUGGAUAUGACCGAGAACGAGAAGAAGGCCAAACGUGAGGCCGAACGUAAGGCGUUGGAGGCUGAAGGCAUCGUUCUUGCUGAUAAAACGAUCAAGAAGGAUAAGGAAGAGGAGCUCUUCAAACCUGCUGUGGAAAUCCCCGACGAAGCGUUUGAAGAAGCUGCGGUUGAUGGUGAACUCGAUCCGAAGAAGCUUGGCGAAAUGCUCGCGGCAAAGCGCGCUGCAGAGGAAUCUCAGCGACAAUCCGAGCUCGAGGCGCUUGCGGAAGAGAAAAUUCGUAAAGAAGCCGCUAAGGCUGCGAAGAAGGCGGAACGUGAAGCCGCUCGUGCGCAAAAGAAGAAGAAGAAGAAGGGUGAUGACGAUGGCGAAGAUGAUAAGAUCACUAGCAUCGAGCAAGCGAUGGGUAAGGUUGAUAUUGAGGCCACCGGUGCUGCUCUGAAGCGUAUCAGCACCGGCGUCUUGGCGUCUCGACCGACCGCUCGGGACAUAAAGAUCAUCAACUUCUCCAUGGGCAUGGGCGGACGUGAACUCAUCAAGGAUUGCGACAUUGAAGUCACCAUCGGUAGACGUUACGGCUUGAUUGGUCAAAACGGCUGCGGUAAGACCAACUUCCUUGAGUGCCUCGCUGCACGCGAGGUCCCGAUUCCGGAUCAUAUUGAUCUGUAUCACUUACGCGAGGAAGCUCUUCCGAGCGAUCGUACGGCAAUUCAAGCUGUCAUCGACGAGGUACAAGCCGAAAUGGAACGCCUCAACCGGUUCGAGGCACACAUUCUCGAAACCACUGGUCCGGACGACGAACGAUUAGAGCUCAUUUAUGAUCGUCUGGAAGAAAUAGAUCCGACAACUUUCGAGGCUCGCGGCUCGGAACUCUUGCACUCACUUGGUUUCAGUCAAGAAAUGAUUCAUCGCCCGACGAAGGACAUGUCUGGUGGCUGGCGCAUGCGUGUCGCGCUUGCGAAGGCAUUGUUCGCGUCACCGACGCUCCUUCUUUUGGAUGAACCUACGAACCACUUGGAUCUCGAGGCGUGCGUGUGGCUGGAAAAGUAUCUGGCUGAAUACAAAAAGUGUUUGAUCAUUGUUUCGCACUCGCAAGAUUUCUUAAACGGCGUCUGCACGCACAUAAUCUGGUUGACGCAACAAAAGCUCACGUACUACACUGGCAACUACGACACCUUCUGUAACACCGUCGAAGAGAACAAUAUCGUGCAGCAAAAGAAGUACGAAAAGGAGCAGGCUGACAUCAAGCACUUGAAGGAGUUUAUUGCAUCGUGCGGUACGUACUCCAACAUGCGCAAACAAGCCGAAUCGAAGCAGAAGAUCAUCGAUAAGAUGAUGGCCGCUGGUCUGACGCCGCCGGUUGCGAAAGAAGCCGACUUUAAGUUUGACUUCCCCGAUUGUCAAAAGGUCCCGCCGCCGGUGCUGCCAUUUGCGAACGUAUCGUUUGCGUACAAUGGCAAACCUGAGAACUUCCUGUACGAAAACUUGGAGCUUGGCGUCGAUUGCGACACUCGAGUCGCGUUGGUGGGCCCGAACGGUGCCGGUAAAUCCACGCUAUUGAAACUCAUGACUGGCGAGCUCACGCCGACGAUCGGUACGGUCGAUCGCCAUCCCGCGCUCAGCAUUGGCAAGUACCAUCAGCACUCCGUCGACGUGUUGAACAAGGACAUGAAUCCGCUCGAGUUUUUCAUGGAGCAGUACCCGAACACGCUCACGUGGAAGCGAGAGUACGAAGAAUGGCGGGCUUACCUUGGGCGAUACGGCAUCACGGGUCGUAUGCAAACGCAGAAGAUUGGCGAACUCUCGGAAGGUCAACAGUCGCGUCUCGUGUUUGCCAUGAUUUGCAUGCAACGCCCGAACUUGUUGCUCUUGGAUGAGCCGACGAACCACUUAGAUUUGGAGGCGAUCGACGCCUUGGCCGAGGCGAUCAAACGCUAUAACGGUGGUCUCGUACUCGUCUCGCACGACUUCCGUCUCAUCGACCAAGUCGCGAACCAAAUUUGGGUUUGCGAGGACAAGACGGUGAAAAUCUGGAAUGACGACAUUCGAGCUUACAAGAAGAAGCUCGCCCGAAAGGCGGAGAAGGAGGCCGAGGAGCGCCGCCUCAAGGGAAACAAGUAA